AUGUCACGUCCUCAGGUUAGCAUCGAUCGACUCACCCCUCGGCGGGUCAUGGCCGAGCCACACGCCGUCCCCAAGAAAAGAGGCCCAAAAACAGAUGUUCUUGAAGCGCUUUUAAAACGGGUAGAUGGUCUCGAGAGACGAUUACAGGAAGAAGGCAGCACCGUCAGCCCUACUAGCGAGAAUCCACCAUCUACUACCAAGCGCAAGGGAAAGGGGUCUUCGGCUGGGCGGUCAAAUUCUGCAGAUGAAACCGGCUCUUCGAUCCAAAGCUCUCUAUCAAUCGCGGAGCAAGAAGACCCGAAUCAAAUGUCUUUUGCAGAUCGGCGCGGCUCGAUGCUCUUGACAUCUACUUAUAACGGUUUUAGUGAUCAUCCAAUCAAUAGUUUUCGACAUGGACAGCAGACGAAUACCACGAAUCGCCAAGAUAACGCGUUUCUUUCCGACACUAUCUUAGAUACAUAUUUUACUCGGCUUCAUGGAAAACCGUUCUAUAUAUUGGAGGAGUCUUCAACGCGCCAAAGGCAUCACAUGGGACAGUUACCGGGGCCUUUGAUGAUGGCGAUAUAUGCUAUAACUAUUAGAUAUGCCCAAUCUGCGGAAGGGCAAGAAGGCUCAACACGAAUCGGACUCGAAUAUGCGCUCAAAGCACGACAGGAGAUCGAUAUUGACAAUCCUACUAUUGAAGGACUUCAAACACUUUUAUUACUAUCCAUGGUCUUCUUUGCCUACGGGUUGGGCAAGAAGACAUACAUGACAAUAUCGAGUUGCUCUGCCAUGAUUCUCGCGCUUGAUCUAUAUAGAGAGCCUUCACCCAAACUCAAUCUCUCUCAUACCGAAAAAGAAACGAGACGAAGGUUAUUCUGGGCAUGUUACAUGAUGGAUCGGUUUGUGGCAUGUGGUUCGAGACGUCCAUGUCUGAUCUCAAAUGAUUCAGUUCUAUUGCGUCUACCAUCAUGGUCAUCAUCUACAUCAUCUCAUGCACUUCCUGUUGAAGGAGAAUUAUUCAACAACUCGGGUAUCAACAUCCAACUUUCGGCCGAUCCCCGCAGACGAGGACAACCAGCGAUUGUCCUUCUUAUUGACAUCAUACGAAUAUUAGGAAUAACAAAUCGGUAUCUGGCCACAGGAGGAGUCAAAGGCGAUUCUCACUUCCCUUGGCACUCGAUGUCAAACCUAUCCAAAAUUCGCCAGGAGCUCGAUUUGUGGGGAGCCGGUGUACAGGAUAUAUUCAUAUCGGUGGAAUCGCUGUUUACACACCCGGAAAGCACGACAUUAUUUCUGAGCAAACUUAUAUACCACCUCAUCCACUGCUUGAUAUACCGUCCGUUUUUACCACUCGACUUGGCAGAGCUCCGAGGGACAGGACAACACCAGUCAUGGCAAAUUGAGGCGACCAACCUGUGCUUCUUGCACUCGAAUGCUAUAGUUGAGCUUGUUGAGUUUGGACGAAACUCUUCACUAGUCGAAUGGCCCGCCUUUAUCAGUCAUUGUGUAUGCACUGCCGGGACGGUCCAUGUCCAUGGUGUACAUUAUAAGGGACUGGAAGGGGAGGUCUUUUCAUCCAGCGCCGAUUUUCUUGCCAAGGAGAUGCAACAGAUGUCCUGGCUACGACAUUGCUGGGCCGGUGUCCAACAUCAACGAGAAUUGUUACAGACAGUCUAUACCUGUCACGCCGAACUUGUCAGAAAUUUAGCCAACAGCACGAUGCGAUUUUCACCAGUGUUCCACUUGGAGGACUUUUUUGACCGUUAUAUGGGAAUAUCCGUGGAUAGUUCUCAUGUAAGACUCGUCGAUGAGGUUACUGACACCAGUAACGAUAACAUGUCUGUGCCGUUGGCCAUUGACAGCCAUUCACUUUAUAACACACAAGCGAUGUCCACACCGUCAUUAAACAGCUCACAAAACUUCCAAAAUCAGCAAUUCUCUCGUAUGAGCGGCACCGCUUCCCACCAACCACAAUUCCAACAACAUACAGAACUGCCAGGUUCACAGUUCGAUACUUCAUCACAAUCUCAGCAAUUGCAACCCGCGUUGUACCCAUAUAAUCUCAACGAUUCUUCGCCGUCGUACUCGAUUACACAACAAGAUCAACAUCAGCAGCAGCCACACUCACAACAAUCGCAGCAACAACAAAUGCCACGUGUACUCCCGUCGUUCUCCCCAACACUAGGACUCUCCCCAUCCGCAUUCAUCUCUGAAUCUCUAAACACCGUAACAGCUCCUACUCCACCUUCAAACUUCCACUACGCCACAUUCCCAUUCGACACACCUCAUACAGCACAGGCCCGAACCCCAUACACAAACGGAUAUGCCGCACAGACACCAAGCGGGCAAUCGCAAGCAAGCGACUCUCAUGCCACUAUGAGCGAAAGUGGUCCGCCUUCCGAAAAGGAUCCAUUCCUUAGUCUAUUGGAGCAAUUGGCUGAGAAUGAGCAUUUGGAAGGUGAUGGGCCGAGUGAGCUUGAUUUCUUGUUAGGCGGUAUCCAUGCUCCCAACCCUGCUGAGAGUAUUGCUCCAGGGGCAGAGGGUGAUGGGAUGAUCGUUGCUGGCGGAGAAGUACCAGAAUCUGUCAAUAACGAGAGGUCGUAA